GAAUCGGCGGUGUCCUCGGAAUUUCUUCCGUGUUGUUGUAUGCUAGCGUUCAAGAUGGAGUCCGCCAACAAAGCUGGACAUCUGAUGAGUCUAGCGGCUCUACAGCAGUAUGACCCGUAUAUUAACAAGUUGCUCGAUGUUACCGGGCAGGUAGCGCUGUAUAAAUUCAACUCCAAAGCAAAUGAAUGGGAAAAAACGGACAUUGAAGGCACCUUAUUUGUGUAUGCCAGGUCAGCAUCGCCUCAUCACGGUUUCACCAUCAUGAAUCGUCUAAGCACUGAGAACCUGGUGGAACCAAUUAAUAAAGAUUUGGAGUUUCAGCUCCAGGAUCCGUUCCUCUUGUACCGGAAUGCCAGCUUGGGAAUUUACAGUAUCUGGUUCUACGACAAGGCCGACUGUCAGCGCAUCGCACAGCUGAUGGUACAGAUAGUGAAGCAGGAGACGCUGAGGGCUCAGCAGGUCUCUCCGGAUCGAGGCCGAACGAAUGGUUGCGUCGAGACGAGACCGAUGGAUAUCCUGGAGCUGCUGAGCAAAGCCAAAGAGGAGUAUCACAGGAGUCAGCCUAAUGAUGUUGAUUCACAGGUAAACACAGACAUCACUCCAACUCCAAACCCAGUUAAAGUUGCUCAGCAGGAGAAGCAAACACACGGUGUGGUGAAACAGAUCACAGUCGAGGAGUUGUUCGGCAGCUCUUUACCCAAAAACCCGACCCCUCCAGCCGAAACGAUUUCUGGCGAGAGUUUUCUGCGUGGAAUAAGUUACGGCCCUCCUCCCGUGCCCUUAGAGCCCCUCCUCACACAGUGUCUCUCAGCCAAUCCCCUGCUCCCUCAGCACUCCAUCUCUCCCGGGCUUAUGGCGCCGAGCGGGUCCGAGAACGUUCCAGCACUCGGAGGCCAUCGUGGGCAGACUGGGCCUCAGGCUGCGCCUCAGUACAUCAACUCGCUCAAAAACGAUGGCCACGCGAUUCCCAAGCCGACAGCAGUGCCGGGCUUCAUGCCCAGCACGCUAGUCACGCCACAAAGUUUCCGAGAACCUACACCCAAAGCGCCAGCAGUUUUCACCAGCAAACCCGCAGCAUCUGCACAAACUAAAGAAGCUGCCACUUUUGCACAACCGCAAGCCCCGAAUCUUGUCAAACCCAUUCCAACCAAGGCGGGGCUAGUUGUGCCAGGGCAGGAGCCAUCAUUACUGCUUUCCCCCAGCGUGUUCCAGCAGUCCAUUACAAAAGCACCAGAGCUGCCGAGAAAUCCUGCUCCUCCACCAUCACCUCCUGCCUCUCUGGGGGCUGCAGAGCUUCCCUCAACAGUGUAUAACAAGGCACAGUUACAGGAUGUUCUCAUACAUUUAAUAAAGAACGAUGCCCACUUCCUCAGCACAAUCCAUGAAGCGUACAUGCAGAGCAUCACCAAAGACCUCAGCAACGUCAAACUAUAGCCAGUGACUCUAAACUCCUGGACUGAGUGCUCUUCCUGUCAGCCCAGAGAGCUGCAUUUAGGACAGAACCACCGCAAACCCGGUGCACUGGUUAUCUCUCUCUCUGGAUCUUAAUCCCAGAGAGAUGAAUCCAAAGGCACACAUUAUUCCUUUCAUUCAACAAGAACUCAAUCUACAAGAUGACAACAUAGCCACGGUUACUCCACAUCUGAGCCCCGGCUAUUAUUAAUCAUGAGGAGGAACACCCACUUCUUUUGUCUGUCUCAUACUGUCUGGUCAUUCAUCACCCUGUCAACUCUUUUCUAUUUGUAACAGCCACAUUUAUGGAAUUCGCUGUUUGUUGGUUGUUGCCUCAACAAAUUCCUCAUUCUGUUUUUUAUGUUUAAGACGUCACAUCGUUAAAGCAGUAUCUUUAACAGAGCAGAAUCAGCAAGCAUAUUUAAACGCACCUUGCUGCGAAUUCACAAGCAAAGUAUCAACCGGAAGCACAAGCCUCUCAGAGCUCAGUGCUCGUACAGCUGAACUGCUCUCAGGUGCACAACCGUUUUUUUUCCUGCUCGCUACACCAGUCCACCUCAGAACCCGCGUGCGUACAGUUCAGUUUUAUCGUGACACCGUGCUGUGCGCACUCUGUUAAAGAUUCUGAUUAAACACCAUGAAGCAUUUUAGCGGAUCGGAUGUAGGAAGUUGCUGUCGAGUUUUCCGUCUCCAGAGAAUUAAUGUGUAUCCACAUCGCUUUCAUUUUGUGCCAUCCGUUCAUCAGCAUGAAGGUAUACACCAGGGUUACAUCACACGGUCUGACCUGGUAUCGGAUGCUGGUGCUGGAGCAAGUUUACACAGUAAAUGAAAAUCAGAGAGAUGCUUAAUACUUAUCACACCGCUGCCUCCCUAUUAACCAUAGAUCUUGCAUUAAACUAGCCUGAGGGAAGACCUGCACUUUUUUUUUCUUCUUUUUUUAAAUAGUAAAGUAAACUUUAGACCCAGGAGUUGAAGUGAGAUAUAAUGACCUGGAUGGAUUCUGUUAGGGCUUGUGACGCAUUUUUAAACUGCAGUAGCGUUACUGCAAUAAGCUUUAUUUGCACUGGACAGUAGGAGUACAACUGAUUUAUUAUUAUUAUUAUUAUUAUUAUUAGAUAGGGAGAAAUUAGUUUGAUUAUAAGCAAGAUGUUAUGGUAUACCAUUUGAACUCUUGGAUAUGUUGCUCAUCUUUCAUCAUUUCGAAGUUUAUUCUAUGAGUUUAGGCCACAUGUAAUGUUUUGCCAUCAAUUUAAUUUUUGCGUUAGUGGUUUAUACGAUACCAGACGGGUAUGCCUCGUAUAAAUGUUUGGUGCGCAUCCUUUUAAUGGUUAGUCAAAUGCCAAAUAAAUAAGCAAAUCUUCAGUAGCAUAUGACGACUCUGGUUCAAAUCCUUUUCUAUGAUAUUGAUACAUUUCUCCACUAUGUGGCGCUGUUUGUUUGUUUUUUCGAAGAAGUCUGGCCUAUUAUGUUCCUUUUGUGUUGAGAUCCAUACAAACAGUCUGUGAGAAUAUACUUAUUUUUAAUGUCAUAUUUUUAUCUGUAUAAAUGCUGUUCAUUUAUGCUUUAUUCCUGUUUUUGACCAGAUAAAUUACAGAUAACGCUCAAGUCAGUGAUACAUUUUUUUUAUUUUGCACAUCAACAGCAAAAUAGAAAUGGGAUGUCUUAAAGAUUUGGUUAUUAGGGAAAUGUCAUUAAAGUAACUAAGAGCAGCUUUAAAGUGUUAAA